AUGGACAGUAAUAUGACCUGGACCCAACAAGUCAACAGCGUGACACAGAAGGCGUUCAACAUCUUGAGAACAUUCCGUCGGUUCUCGCCGGUUCUCUCCAUUGCUACACGACGGAAGCUUGUCCAGGCUGUGAUCAUGCCGGUUUUCACCUAUGGGGACAUAGUGUACCAUCCCGGACUCUCUCAAGCACUGAAAAAACAGCUUCACCGAUGUUUCAAAUCUGCGGUGCGGUUCGUUUAUGGUCUUCGACGCCGGGAAACAUCAGCCACGGUUAGGAACAGUAUUCUCGGGCAUGAUUUGCCCACUAACUACCAUAUUCGAACUUGCUGCUUCAUGCGACAGGGGUACGACGGCAGCCUCCCGGAAUACAUCCAGGACCAUCUGGUGCGUGGACAGCAGCAACGAACCAGGACGUUUGUUGUUCCAAGACACACGACAACGACCAAGAAAAGUGUGUUGAUUGCCGGAGUUUCACUCUGGAAUAGACUACCACUAGACGUAAAGCAGAAGCCAACCAUCACAGCCUUCAAAAAUGCAGUCAGAAGCUCAGACCGAUACUAG